GACGGAACUGAAUUUGACAGAUUGUAAACAGAAUCGGAUGGUGAGCUCUGGAGAAGGACCGUCUGGUGCCACUUUGCAGUUAUCAGUCACUGAAUUACUGCCUUAUAGACCAAAGUGAUUUAAUAAAGGUGCUGUUCUAAAAAGAGACGAAACACUUAUAUUAGCACUUGGGUUUUUCCAAACUAGUGUUGCCCUGUGUACCACCUGUUUAUCGACGCUGCUUCUUGGAUCCAGACAGCAGAUGUUCCGUCUGCAAUGUCUUGAGAUUUCUCAAUCCUUCUCGGCCAACGAUUACACACCUGCCUGCCCGCACCACACCUCUGCAUCCUCUGCUACGGCAAAACUGUGGAGGUGAUGGAUGGUCUGGAGGUCGAGGACAUUAGCCCUGCCCUUGAGGCCACUGAGGACUACCUUCACUGCCUCGAUGACAACCAAGGGGAUGGCCAGGUAUGUCCACAGAAGCUUAAGGAGGGGUCCACCAUGGACAAGCUGAACUCCAGUGGUGUGUGGGGACUGCUGACAGGAAAGCAAUGUGAGAUAUCAGCUGGACAUAUGGCCUGGGCAGAGCAGACAUCCUUUAAUUUGCUGGGCCUAAGACAUGGAAAAAGGAACCGGGCACGAUCCACCAACGAUUUGGCAGCUCAUGCCAAAGAGACAAACUCCACUACCAUCACAUCCAAUGGGGGCUUCAAACGUGGCCACAACCGCUCACGAUCAGACAUCAACAACCGCAGUUACACAGAUAACGGGAUGCCGGCUAUUGACAAAAACACACUCAAGAACAUGGCACUGAAUGACUACAGGGAUGCUCAUAAGGAGAGCAGCCCUAGCCUGGUGAAACAGGGAAUGUUGGAGCAGCGAGAGGGACCUUGGGGACGCUGGAGUACAUGUCACGUAGAGCUUACACCCUGUGAGCUUCGUAUCUACAGCCUGGACAGCAGCGGUAACCAACAGUUAUGUGCUGCCCUCUCACUGUCUCACUGCCAAGGGGUGAGUGCGCCCCAGGCGCAGGAUGGACGUGUGCUGCAGGCAGUCUUCUUUAACAGCACCCGUGUGCAGUUACGUGCACCCUGCCAGUGGGAGGCACUAGAGUGGCGUAGACUCCUUUGGGAACGCGUCUUAGCCGCACGUCCAGCUCCGUGUAAAGGGGAUCCAGCUCGUGCCACCUCUCCUACCCGGCGUGAACCCGAUCCUAAUGCAACGUUGGUGACGGUCCAUCGUCCGCUGGUACGUCCCACGAUCCUACCGCUAUUCACCCAGCACUGUGUGGAUGUGCUUAAGGCUGGCCUACUGUAUCAACUCACCCACCUCAACAACUGGAGGGCCUUCACUUUUGUGCUGAGUCGCACUGAGCUGCAGGCCUUUCCAACGGAGGGCAGAGGCCCUGUGUCAGAGCCUGUGCUGCGAUACCAGCUGGCCUCCUGUCUGGCUGUGCAAUGGGAUGAGGAGGACGGAGGCACCAACUUUCGCUUCCAGGCCGUCUUCCCUGAUAAUGUGCUGCGUUUGCAGGCAGAGAGUGAGCUCAAAGCCCAGGAUUGGGUGGAGGCCCUGCGCACCGCAGUGACAGCUCAGCGACCCAAAAGGGAGGAUAAUCAGUCUGGCACCACGGGAGUUCUGAUGAGGUGUAAGCCAACCAGGGAACGACGUCAACGGGAAGCACAAAGAGCUAAACGCCAGUCUGUCACCACUAGCUUUCUCAGCAUCCUUACUUUCCUGGCUGUAGAAAAGGGACUCACUGCUCAGGGCUUCCGAUGUGCAGGAUGUCAAAGGCCAGUAGGUCUAUCACGCGGCAAGGCCAAAGUGUGCUCUUACAGCGGCUGGUACUACUGCUCCAGUUGCCACCAAGACAACCUCUUCCUCAUACCUGCUCGUCUGUUGCACAACUGGGACACUAACAAACACAAGGUGUCAAAACAGGCUAAGGAGUUUCUGGAGUUUGUUUAUGAGGAACCAUUGUUAGACGUACAGCAGUUGAACCCGUGUCUGUAUGAGCAUUGUGAAGCACUGGCGGCCGUUCUCAAACUGAGGCAGCAGCUCCAGUCUCUCAGGGCUUACCUCUUCAGCUGCCGAGCCACAGUGGCAGAAGACCUUCGUCGCAGGAUAUUUCCAAGGGAAUACCUGUUACAGCAUGUACACCUGUACUCGUUGGCAGACCUUCAGCAGGUCAUAGAUGGAAAGCUUGCUCCCUUCCUCUCAAAGGUAAUCAAGUUUGCUAGCUCUCAUGUCUACAGCUGCAGUCUGUGUCGAGAGAAGGGUUUCAUCUGUGAGUUGUGCCACAGCGGCCAGGUCCUCUAUCCCUUCCAGGAGAAUGCCACCAAAAGGUGUGAGGGAUGCGGAGCCGUCUUCCACGCCGAGUGCCGGAUGCGAGCCCAGCCGUGCCCGCGUUGCGUGCGAAGAGAGCUACAUAAGAAGCCGGCGUCAUUCUGGAGAAGGCACGGCCCUAACGAUAGCCCCGCCGAUGACGAGCUGAGCUGCUUUGAGAUGGAUACCUGAGAUCGGAGCACUGCAGCUCUCAGAAGAGCCGGGCUGCACGAAAGAGCCCACCGCACUUACAAAGUGCUGCUGUGUCUCUGUGUGUACGUGUAUCCAACAAGGACAAGACUCCUGGUGGAAGCGCUCAGUGUUUGAAAACAGAGACACAACAACCUUUUUGUUUUUUACUUCCUUUUACUUCUCUCAACUGAGAGAGAUGGAUGCAGAGACAAUAAUUCGGCUCCGGAAGAGCAGAGGCUUCAUAAUGAUACCAAUUUACCCUUCCCUUUCAUCUACCAAAUGACAGCCAGGGCCAACCGACAAAUACAGGCAAAGUACGCUCGCGCACUUGCACAUAAACACGCUCGCUGGCAGACAUAAAAUGAUGCACUUUCUGGCAGACUCACAAUCCAAGAGCGAUGAUUUAAACCAAUUUCUGGACACAAAUAGAGCUUCUAAUCCAUUAAUGGUUCUGCGAAAAUGAACGCUAUGAGAUCCCCUGCUGUUGGAUUUGGUUUUCUCCACGCUGUAGUUGCUGAAGAGCCUCUAUAUUGGGUGUAUUAAGAGCGAAUGAACAUAAAUAUCUUCCGAACCGAAAUCUUUCGGAUGGGUCUGCUUUACUGCACAAACCGUAUGAUUCAUUUUUAUCAUGAUCUCGUUGCACUUUUACAUUUAUGAAGGGAAACCAGGCACUCGUGUUGGGCACACCUGAGGUUUUUUCUGCCUGGGUUUUUGUUUUUAUUAUCAGUUGCACUUUAGGUCACGAUGUGUAGGCUUAUGUUUAUAACCAAUGUCUCUUUGACACUUAAAGACUGCUGAUGAUUCAGAUUGGGGUGUUGCGGGAAGUAGGGUCAGUGUUUUUCCCAUCCAGCUGGAUUCGAAGAGUUGCGCAAGUGUUUAUCAACACUCAAUGGCACUGCCUAUAAGAAGGGGAACCAUGUUGUUCUUGUUAACCGCCUAGGCUGUGAUUACAAACUAUCCUAAGCCACCAAGCCCCAAAAUUACAGUCCAGAGUUCUAGGGCUUUGUUUAGCAUUGGUAAGGUCAUUUUAACAAGAAAUGUAAAUCAAACCCGACGUGGACAAGCUCGUAAUUUACGUUGUCAAACUGACCUCUCCUAGUAUGCUUUGGUACAGCGUUUUCUUGCUACUUGAAGUAAGAAUUGGCAAUAAUCAUUGUUUUGCUUUUUGCUGCCUUAUUUGACAAACUGUUUUUUUAAUCUGUUCUUGGGACAAUGGGAUUUUUUUCUCACCAUUUCAUGAUGUACUGUUGACAUCUAUUUUUAUCAUCUUAAAAAUCCCUAUAUUAUGUUUCAUUACAAUUACAGAUCCACAACUUACCAGCAAACAAAGGCUUUGGAUUUACAAAACAUGUUAUUACUCCGUCUAUAUAUUGGAAAAUCCACACAUUUAUGGGAAACCAGCUACCAGCUGCUAUUGGACUCUGUAUUUGAUACCUGUUACUUGCAAAUGCCCACGGCAUCAUUUGCUAUCCUGAUACAUUUUAUGUGUUUGUUUUACACCAAGUUUACCUUUGAUUGAGAUUCAAUCUUAGUUUACAUGCAUUUGAUGUGUGAUAAUGUACAAUGAAGGAUGAGUGAUUGUGUUAGUGGUUCAGAAUAGUGCUCAACAUUUGAUCGUAUUUAUUGAGUCUGUGUCUUUGCCUGCCUUAAUAUGAAAGCCAAUGCGUCGGCCUGUCGGUGUUUUUCGAUUAGCAAGCUAUAGUCAUUCAGUUUGUGAGAGAAAAAUGUUUCAGUAUUUAAUCUAAUCAGAAUAUCAGGCUGUAGAAUAUAUCAUAACCAUAUAUAUAUAUAUGUUGUUUUGUUAUUAAAGGCUAUGACAUUUACUUACCUUACAAAAAAGGACUGGCAACACAUCUCUAUUGCUUUUUUUAUGAGAGAUCUUGUCAUUUCCUAUUUUAGGCUUGAACUUUGGUAAAUGAGGUUUUUCAGUUUUUGAAGACAUACAAAUGCUGUAUGAAGUAAUGGUGCGAUCUCUUAGCUUUGAAAGUAUGAUGCAUUAGGUUAAAAUGGCUUGCAUUAUUCAUACUGUUAGUGACACUUUUUAAAAUCAGGGAUUCUUAACACACUGGAUAAAGGUCUUGGAGGGACACGCAAAAGGGAUUAAAACUUGGAUGUGGUUACAAUUUGUAUUUUUUUUUACAUCAUUGGUUGUUCAUGUAUUGUUUAAGAUCUAAUGUAAGUUUCUUUAUCAGCCAUCAUGUUGCUCUUAGUUGUAUAUUUUUACAUAUCAGGAUUUUGUUUCAUAUGUAUUUAUUGUAUUUAUAUUCUGUUUAUCAGUUUCUGGAUUGCUCACACUGUAAAGUAUCCUGUAAACUCUCCACUUAUGCAACUACAGAUAAUGUGUUUAAGUACUGGUGCGGGUACUUUCCAGUUUUGUUUUUUUUACCACUGAUGCCAAUAAAGUACUAAAUUACUUAACACA